AUGCCCUCUCCUACUCCCUGCGCAAACACGGCGGGUGACCUUGCGAGUAUCCCUCCGAGCUCCCGAGCACGCCUGGCCCUCGGGAACCGGCUCCUGCUGCCGCCUCACCCCACCAGCCGCGCUCCAGCGACUGUACAAGGCGGCUGCCACCACGACCUGUGCUCCCGCAGCCAGCCGGCCGGAACAAGGGCCCCCUGCCCAACCUCGCCCCCAGUUUCCCCCCCAUACCCCCUCACGGGCGGCAGAGGGGCUCCCCACACUCGAGGCGAGCGGCCCGCGGCCGGCCGAGCCCUGCCCGGCAGAGCGGCCAUUCCCGCUGACCCGGCCGGACAGUGCUCGCCCCCUUCCCCACCACCACCCCCCGCAGUGCACGCUGGGACUUGUAGUCCUCGCCCCUCCCUCGCCGCCCCGCGACCUACUUCUCUCUGGACUACAGCUCCCGUGGCGCCCCGCGGCCAGCCCGGCCCGGCGCUCCGCUCGCCGGGGCAGCACACAAAAUUUUCCACGGCACAUGCGCGCUGGCGGCCGGCCCCGGCGCUGCCCACGGCGGGGAACACGCCCCGCGGCCCGGCGCUCGGCACCGCCGGGCAGCCGCCCCCCUCUUCCCCUCCCCUCCCUCGGCAGGGGUGGGGGGGGGAGGCGCGUCCCCGCCCCACGGCUGCGGGACAGAGACCAGGAGGCCACAAGCACCGCGUCCCGCCCCCCCCUCGGGUGCGCGUCCCCGUCCCCGCCGACCGAGCCCACAAAGAGGAUAGGGGGGACCCGUCCCGAGAAACGGGUGGGGAGAAAGGGAAGGAAGCACCGCCGGCCCCACUUACUUCGUCCUCGGCUCCAGGGCCAGAGGCUGUCGGGGCCGUGGGCGCUGCCGACGGAGCCCAGGCAGUGUGUGCGGGUCUCUGCCCCGUCCCGUCCCCUCCCUCGCCUUAUCCCCGGCGGUGCGGUUCCUCCGCGGGGCGGGACCGGGAGCUGCGGUGGGAGCCGGCAGUGGUGCGGAACGCCCGGGGUGGGGUGCGGGUGCCGGUGUCGCCGCCUUUCCUCGCCUGUCGCCUCUCCCGCCGCCGGCCCGCAGCCGCCCGCGCCCUGGCCCCAAGGACAUGCUCGCUCGCUGCACAGCGCCAGCCGAGCGUUCAAGCACCCCUGCGCUGGAGCCCCCAGCAGGGUGCGGUGCGGGCUGUAGAGCGCCGAGGCGAGGAGAACCGACAACCCCGGCUCCUUUCCCCACGGCCGCCCCCUCGGCACUCCCGGCCCCGUGACACGGCGGAGGAAGGUGCUGCCGGCCCACCUCUCAGGAGACAACGCGGCAGGGCGCAGCAGGGGUUGCCCGAGCCACCGCAGGGGGGGCAGCAGCGGGCACAGCGACCCCCACGGCGCCCCGGCCCCGCGCCCCGCACCCCUGGGCACGCAACCAGCGCACUACUUGUCGCCGCACACCCGUGCGCUUCCGCCUUCAGCGGAGGAAGCCCGGCCCGGCCGUAG